CUGCUAAAGUGAAACCAUUUUUUCUAUUACAAUUACUUGUUGUAUAGCCCCUGUAACAAAAUUUGUUGUAAAACAUCCCAAAAAGGUUAUCUACUGGUAGAUAAUUAAACUGAAACGAAAACUGCGUUUUCACUGUGUAUUCAAAUGAAACUAGUUUCAAUAAAAUAAAAUAAAUGACAUUUUAAUACACUUUGAGUGUAGAUUAUAAUGUUUGCGAUAGGUGGAUAUACUAAAACUAACUAACUAACAGUACUAUCGUUUGUGUUAUAUGUGUUGACAAUUAUUUAUAUAUAAAUCAAUAAGAAAUCCGUUAAGUGAGCGCGUUCAAAAGAAUAUUGACCACAACAUUGUUAUUAAAUAAUAUGAAUAUCGCUAACAGUCUCAAAAACAUUUUUGCGUCUACAAAUUUCAAUAAAUUAAAAUUCGAUCCGAGAAGGACUUUAAUAAAACAGGCAAAGGUUGCGCUCAAUGAGGGAAAUUUAAUUGUGGAAUUCCAUGACGAAACUGAAGCUUAUCCGUCGGUUUGGCUGAGGGAUAAUUGUACCUGUCCAGAAUGUUUCCAUAACGAUUCCCACUCAAGGGCUAUUAACUGGGAUAAGUUUGAUGUUGGAGUGUCUCCCAUUUCCGUUGAUGUGAAUAAAGAUAAACUGGAAAUCAAAUGGAGUGAUAAUCAUAGGUCGAUUUUCACAGAAGACUGGCUACGUAAUCGGAGCUUCGAGGGGAGUAAGCAGGCCAAGUACUUAGAGGAAAAUUACAGACCGAAGAAAAUUCUCUGGGAUGGAACUGAAUUCACAAAAAUUUUAAAAACAUACAGCUAUCGCGAAGUAAUGACAAAGGAUGAAAUACUGUAUUGUUUUCUCAAAGAUCUAGCUAUUUAUGGUGUGGUACUUUUAAAGGAUGCCCCGAUGGAUCCAUCUGCUAAUUCAAAGUUAUCCCAAAAAAUUGCCUUUGUAAGAGAAACACAUUACGGAAAGGAGUACGUUAUAACAUCCAAACCAGGGACCAAUAAUUACGCGUAUUUGUCAAGUUUAUUACAACAACACACUGAUUUACCCUAUUACGAAUACAACCCUGGUGUCGUGUUUUUACAUUACGUUGUUCAAACAGAAUCUGAAGGUGGUCAAAAUUUAUUGACCGAUGGCUUUUUUGUCGCAGAAAAAAUGAGGAGAGAAAUGAAAGAACAUUUUGAGUUGUUGUCAACUGUACACGUCAACUGGUCGGACUAUGGGACAGAGGAUUUUGUCAAGUUCUGUAAUAUUUUUAGAACUCCCGUUAUAAGUUUAGAUUCGUUUUCGGAAAUAGCAUCCGUGAGGUAUUCCAUUCCUCAAAGGGACUCUUUCUUUAGUGUCCCAUUGGAAAAAGUCACCUCUUGGUAUCAUGCCCUUAAAGAGUUCACAAAACUUUUAGAUAAACAUUGUGCGAAAUUUAAAGUGGAAUCAGGGAAUAUUCUGGUGUUUGAUAAUACAAGAUUGACCCAUGGAAGAGUGCAAUACAACGAUACAAAAGGUAAUCAAAGGUAUUUGGUUGGCAAUUACAUGGACUGGGACGAAAUUUACUCAAAAAUGAGAAUUUUAAAGAAUGAAAUGCAGGAAAAACAACAGACAUAACCAUCUACUGGUUUCAAUUUGGGUCAAAAGUUCAAAUAUUCCAUUAUUUUAUUUCCAGUUUUAAU